AUGUUUACGUUGGUAGGAAUAUUCAUCUUUGGAAUUACAGUGGGAACCACACAAUGUCAGACUUAUGAUGACGUUCUCAAUCUCCGAACAACGUUACUGACGUCGUACGACGCUGACAUACUCCCUUUAGACGAUCAGAGUGAUUCUUUAAACAUAAAUCUGACUAUGGUCAUAUUUAAGAUGCCGGAAGUAGACCCUGUCCGCGGAGCUAUUUCAAUGGGUAUAAUGGUUACACAAGAAUGGUACGACGAAAGAUUAACAUGGACACCUGCUGACCACAACGGAACUAUGGGUAUCUCAAUUAAAAGCGAAGAUGUAUGGACUCCACCACUGACUGUAGCAAACCCUGUAACGUUUACUCUCCUCGAUACUUCAUGGAUGCAGGUUAUGAUAAUGGCCGAUGGAAAGAUGUCAUACACUGUAGGUGGCAUAAUUGAAUUCUCUUGUACUUUCUACAUGAAGUUUUGGCCUUUCGAUAAGCAUAUUUGCUCCAUACAUCUUUUUCCAUACGGAUAUCCUGCUAGUAAAGUGACUUUUGCCGUGCCCGGAACUGUGGUUGACACAGGAAUUUAUACAGAAAAUGGUGAAUGGUUUUUAGAUGAAGACUCAUUCGAGUACAAACUUAACAGUAUUUUUGGCAUGACCCGUGUUGUGUACAGCUUUAAAAUUGCUAGACUUUCGUCAUUCUACGUGCUGACAGUAAUUCUGCCAAUUUUUGGGGUCGGAGCUCUAACCUGUUUGGUUUUCUUAUUGCCCAGUGAGUCCGGAGAACGGGUGGGCUAUGCCAUAACAAUUAUGUUGACGCUGGCUGUAUUCAUGACCAUAACUUCUGAGGACCUUCCGAAAAAUGGUGCACCAAUUCCAGUCAUAUUUGUGUAUAUCCUCUUCAAUUUGAUUGUCUGUAUCGGUGCGCUUCUGUUUGUCAUCUUGAAUUUAAUGAUCUACCAUAGAACUGAGAAGGUCCCGAUGGCAAACUUCUAUAAAUCAAUUGUAAGAUUUUCGAGGAGAAGUUGGUGUCGACGUAAAGUACAAGAUGAAACUGAUGAACGAAAAAACUCUAUCUCUAAUUCGAAGGACAUGAUGAAAAGCAGAAAAAUAUUCGUAUCUGACUUAGAAGGUUCUGGUGCAAAAGAAGAUGAGGAUAUAGAAUGGAAAGAAGUAAGUGAGGCGAUAGACAAAUUAAUGUUCUAUGCGAUGGUUAUUGUGACCUUCGUCCCUUCCAUUAUAAUUCUGGUAUACACGGCUGCUGCGUCCGAAUAUAUUGUAGAAUCGUAA